GUUAUGUCCCUUGGGUCUUAUAUGUGUUCCUGAAAACAAAGCCCUGGGAAAAAGUAACGAUUAUUUACAAUUUGGGUCACCACGAGAAAGGUUCAAGGAAUUCAAAUGAAAUGGGAUGUGUUUCUGAAGGAGACUUCCAAGUGUAGAAACUGCAACGGGAUGCUGACAGUGAUGUACGACCUAUAAAACUCACCUAGACCGUUUCAAAAGUGUCGCUGAAUGGAAUCGGAUGAAUCUGAUUUGAGGUUUUUAUCUGCUGUAGCUGUGUCAUUAUCACAAGGAACCUCAGACUCACUCACUUCUGCCUCUUCACCACCACCUCCUGCCCCGCCCUGUCCGUCUGCUACGCAGUAUCCUACGUCAGAGUUCGUUAACACUCUCGGCCUUGUAACUCAAGGCAAAAAAUCUACCUCAGAUACUGACCCACAACAUCUUUUGAAAAUGGAGUCACAGGUUCGGGCAGCAAUGGCCAGGGCAGGCAUUCCACCCACAAGUAGAGAAGCGGACUCAUCUGUUUCAGAAACUAAUUCUGAUCUCGACCUCUCCUACUUGUCUCACAUUCAGUCUCUUGUGUCGAAAACUGGAUUCACCUCUCCCCAACAGAUCUAUGAAACGAUUAGCAGUAUGUCGAAGGAUGACGCUACACAUGCUUCAAGUUCCCAGCCAUCUGUUUACAACAUGCCAUCUGCCUCCCCAGUGCCAGUUGUCAGUACCUCAAACUUUUCCCCAUCAAACCAACUCGAAUCAUUCCUCUCAAUUCCAGUUUUGCCUUCUUCAAAGGACAGAGGUCGAAGGAUUGAACUCACCUUGCAAGAGAAAGUUGAUCUGAUUCACCACAGUAAAGGAAAAAGCCAGAGAGCACUUGCAGAAAUAUUUGGUGUUGGCAAGUCUCAGGUUAAUCUGAUUCUAAAACGAAAAAGAGAAAUUAUGAACAUGUAUGAACAAGGAGGCCAACUUGAAAGAAAAAGGCUUCGCUUGCGCGCAGACAAGGAUGAAAUCAACAGCCUUACUCUUGAUUGGUUUAUGAGUGAAUAUAAAAAGGGUGAUGUGUCUCUUUCUGGUCCAGUUGUUCAAGAAAAAGCUAAGGAGUUUGCCCUUGAAUUGGGUCGAACAGAAUUCCGUGCCUCUAAUGGAUGGCUGCAUAGCUUCUGCAAAAGAAACAACAUUGGGUUCAAUUCUAAGCAGGGCAUGUAUGUGAAAGACACCACUGGUCUGACCCCGUGGCCUUCCCAGGUUGUCAGUGGCAAUGAAGGAUGGGGAGAAGAUGCCAGCUUUGUUUCUGGACAAGGAGAUGAGGAGGAAGCUGCCCAGUCUGAUGCAUCAGAAGACAAUUCUGCUAAAAAUGUAGAAACUGCUGACGAGAGCAUCUCGACUGUUGUCUCAACUCCAGAACCAAAUACUCCUGGGGAAGAUCCUGCGAAAGAUAGAGACUCAGCUGCACAUAGUAAAAGACCAACACCGGCUUCUGGGAAGAAGUUCAAGCGGUGUGAGCUGAAUCUUCUGGAGAAGGUGGAACUGCUACAGCAGCACAGCGCGGGCAAGCCAGAACGAGAACUUUCCAAAAUGUUCGGAGUUGGUCGUUCUCAAGUGUACUCCACUCUAAAGAGGAAAAAUGAGAUCUUGGAAGCAUAUGAAAGACUUGGGAAUACAAACCGAAAGAGACUUCACAGCAGGGCAGAGAGUGAUGAAAUUAAUCAGCUGACCUGGCAUUGGUUCAAAGAAAUUGCCAAGAUGAAGUCAGUGCAAAUUUCAGGUCCCAUGCUGCAAGCAAAGGCUAAGGAGUUUGCAAACCAGCUUGGGAGAGAUGAUUUCAAAGCUUCGAAUGGUUGGUUGGAUACUUUUCGAAAAAGACAUAAUAUUAAGUUUUCAACAGGUCAGGGAUUUGUUUAUGACCCCCCAGAAAACAUUCCAUUGGGAAGCAUAUAUCCAUUAGAACUGAUGGAUGACAGUGCAAAUGAAAAAGCGAAACCCAAAAAGAGAAAGAAAGACAAGGUUUGUAAAAGGAAAGACUUGACUAUUGAGGAAAAGGUUCAACUCAUCUUCCAGAGUGAAGGGAAGAGCCAGAGACAGUUAGCAACAAUGUUUGGGGUAGGAAAAUCACAGGUACACUCCAUCCUGAGGAGGAAGGAUGAAAUUGUGGACACGUUUAGCAGAACAGGCAAAGGAGGCAUGAAACGCUUGAACCACAGAGCAGAGAACGAUGACGUGAACAGACUGACAUGGCAGUGGUUCCAGGAGGCACACUCUCGGGGGGAGGGUCAACUCACUGGGGUUCUGGUACAGGCAAAAGCAAGGGAGAUUGCUAAACAGUUGGGCAGAGAUGAUUUCAAGGCCUCAAACGGCUGGCUGGACAGCUUCAGAAGAAGGAACAAUAUUGUGACCAAUGAUCACAAGAAUCUUGUGAUUUGUGAUGAAAAGGAUAUUUUGUCAUGGAGGGAAAAGCUGCCAGAAUACACAAGGGAAUAUGAGGCAAAGGAUGUGUUCAGUGUGAGUGAGACGGUUUUAUUUUUCACCAGCAUGCCGGAACAGGUUGUAGAUGCAGCUCAGUAUCAGAUCAAGAAACGGUUCCAGAGUCAAAAUGUGUCCGUAGUCAUGUGUUGCAAUAUCCUGGGAGAGUUCGAGACUCCUGUUGUCAUAGGAAAACAGGAGAAGACUGAGGCAGAUAUACCAUCAGAUGUUCCUGUGACGUGGCGAUGGAGCACAAGCACUUGGUCAACAGUUGAGUUCUUCACCGAGUGGGUUGUGUCUCUGGAUCAGAGGAUGGGAGAGCAAGGAAGGAAGAUUGUGUUGUUUGUGGACAGGGCACCUCCAGAUGCUACUGAGAUCAUCCUGGAGAAUGUUCAAAUGGUAUGUCCUCCAACGUACUCAAUCCGGCUCCAGCCUUUGUGUCAUGGUGUAGUGGAUGCCUUUAAGCGUAACUACCAGAAACGUAUGCUGUCUGCUCUUCUCACACAGAUGGCUAGUGUCAACGAAGGUAUUUCCAAAGUGCUCAGUUAUGUUUCUGUCUUGGACGCGUGUUUGUGGCUCAGCCAGGCUGUGAAAGAUAUUGAUGCAGGAGUCGUUACCAGAGCCUUCUUUGACUGCGGGUUUGAUGUUGGUUUCUGCCCAGACAUCCCUUCAACGGAGGACGGUGAGGUUUAUGACAACCUAAUUAAAAAAGCAAUAGAGAGCUUUGCAAGGAAACCUCUGAGCUACUACAUAGGAGGCAGCAAUGAGGAUGGGUUUGGGAUUGUCCCACACGUCCAGGAUGCCAGUGAUCAGUCUUCUCAUUAUGGAAACAGCGAUGCUCCUUUCCAGAAUGAAGAUGCUUCACAAAGUACUGGAAGCACCUCUCAGGUCAACCGCACAGAAGAAUCCAGUGACAAUGAAAGUGAUGCAUCGGAGGUGGAGGAGGAAUCGGAUGGUAAUGAAAACGAAUUGACAGAUCCUUCAGUCAGUUUCUCAUUGGAAGUUAUCUCCCCUUUAGCUCGUAGUCUGUACGCAUCGUCUCGACGGGCAAAACGGGGUGAAACUUACCCACUGUCAUCUUCCGAAAGCCCCGGAGACUCGCAGCAUGAUCAGUACUCAAAGUCUGUUGCUUCUAACAUCAAGAGUGAGGAGGGUUCAGAAGAUGCCACCAGACCAGACAGACCGAUCCUGAGGUCAAGAGGGGACGCUCUGAAGGCAGCCGAAUCACUCAUGCAGUACUGCAUUCACAACAACCUUAAUCACGUCAUUGGAAAUGUGAAGGCUAUUCUCAAGGAACUCUAGUUACAUUCUGAAGGUGGGCUCGACUCCAUGUUUUGACAUUCAUAAUAAUUGUAAAAUGUAAAAAUUGGCCUUAAACAGGAUGAAACUUGAAAUAGUUGAUUAAGUUUGAAUUAGUAAUGUAUAUCUGGAUAAGUAAACUUGGGAGCAUAGAUAUUUGCAUUACUAAGUUUGUGUUCACUAGCAUUGAGGUUUUGUAAUUAAGGUGCAGGAAUUGUCUGUGCAGAGUUGCCUACCUUUGUCGUGCCAGGAUCCAAUGAUUUGCCUUUACUGUGGCCCCUGGUCUGUGAUCCCCAUGCUUUGUUUCAUCAAGGUGGGGACCCUCUCUACCCUUCGUUACUUUGGGCUUUCUACCCACAAUUAGCUGAAACUCCAUGAGUAAGACAACUCCGUCACUGUUUCCCCCUCUAUGUAGGAUAACAGAGAAACUAUGGUAGGACAAGGUGAUGAAACCUAAUGGUUACAUAUUCUGGGUGAGUGAGCUGGAAACAAAUUUUAGCUUUCCUGUAGUGCUUUGUCCGUCGUCCGUCCAGUUGUCCGUCAUCUUGCAAACUCCACGGCCAAGGAGUUGAAACGAUGGUGUGUCACAGAAUUCUGAUCUGUUUCCAAACAUGGUGGUUAGAGGUGUUCAGUAUUACCGGUAUUCCUUGUAUGAAAUACUAAUGAAUAUGUAUCACAAUACGUUUAGAAAAUACUGGUCUAUUGCAUUUUUCAAAAUCAUGCAAAUCUUUAUCUGUUGGAAAAUUUUACAUCAGUGAUGAGUCAAAUUGAAAUUACGAAAUUAGCCAUUGUUUCCUGUGGUCCAAAAGGCGAAACUAUUUGCAACCUGUUUCCUGUAUAUUAUGUGUCUAUUGCACAUGCGUUGUCGCCAUAGCAACAUCCAACAAAAUAAGAAGUUAUCCAAAAUGUGAGGGGAGGUACUUUUUACUCUGGUUCAUGACAAAUUACA